AUGACCACACCUAACGCUAGAAGGAGUCGCACGCAGAAAAUAUCGAACGAGAGCAAGCGUUGUUCCAAGAGCAAACCCAAGGCUAAGGCCAAGACACAGUCCAAGGCCAAGUCCAGAGCAUAUGCAGGUCCAACUUUUGUGGCUCCCGAUGUGAGCGACCUUCCUAGGCCUACUCUCAUAUAA